AUGGAGGCGGAGGAGGAGGCGGCGAGAAAGAGGAAGAUGGCCCAGGAGCCCAAUGCAGGGAAGGAGCUGAGGAUGGAGACCAGGCAGGACAAAUCCCCACAGCAGAACGUCGUGGAAGAGGCUGUUUUGAGCGGAUGCAUGGUGCAGGAAUGCAACAAGGAGGAAAAGCUCCAGAAGUCCCGCAUGAGGGGGAGCUGCAAACGCAGAUCGCGGGGAUCUGAGGAGGAAAGACCCACCAUGCGCCAUGGAGGUGGCCGGAGCUCGGAGCUGGGGGUCCAUGAGCAGCUCCAGGUUGGGGAGAAGCCCCACAAGUGCUCAAAAUGUGAGAAGAGCUUCAGGUGGAGCUCCGAACUGAUGCGCCACAUGAGAAUCCACACAGGGGAACAGCCCUACAAGUGCAUGGAGUGUGGCAAGAGCUUCAGGACAAGCUCUGAAGUGAACAGACACUGUAGGAGUCACACAGGGCAACGGCCCUACCAGUGUGCCACGUGUGGGAAGAGCUUCUGCGACCGUGCCGACCUGAGCAAACACCUGAGGAGCCACGCGGGGGAACGGCCCUACAUGUGUGAGGAGUGUGGGAAGAGCUUCGUCCAGAGCUCCCACCUGGUUGUCCACAUGAGGAGCCACAAUGGGGAGAGGCCCUAUGAGUGCGGGGAGUGUGGGAAGAGCUUCAGCCACAGCUCCAGCCUGGUUGUCCAUCUCAGAAGCCACAGCGGGGAGAGGCCCUAUGAGUGUGAGCAAUGCAGGAAGAGGUUUCUGAGCCAUUCCUAUCUCCUCCGCCACCAGCGCAUUCACACUGGCGAGAAGCCCCACAAGUGCUCAAAAUGUGGGAAGAGCUUCAGGUGGAGCUCCGAAGUGAUGCGCCACAUGAGAAUCCACACAGGGGAACAGCCCUACAAGUGCAUGGUGUGUGGCAAGAGCUUCAGGACAAGCUCUGAAGUGAACAGACACUGUAGGAGUCACACAGGGCAACGGCCCUACCAGUGUGCCACGUGUGGGAAGAGCUUCUGCGACCGUGCCGACCUGAGCAAAUACCUGAGGAGCCAAGCGGGGGAACGGCCCUACAUGUGUGAGGAGUGUGGGAAGAGCUUCGUCCAGAGCUCCCACCUGGUUGUCCACAUGAGGAGCCACAAUGGGGAGAGGCCCUAUGAGUGCGGGGAGUGUGGGAAGAGCUUCAGCCACAGCUCCAGCCUGGCUGUCCAUCUCAGAAGCCACAGCGGGGAGAGGCCCGAUGAGUGUGAGCAAUGCAGGAAGAGGUUUCUGAGCCAUUCCUAUCUCCUCUGCCACCAGCGCAUUCACACAGACGACAGGCUCUUCUGCUGCCCUGACUGUGGCAAGGGCUUCAAGCACAAGUCCAACCUCGUCCGGCAUCAUCGCAUCCACACCAGGGUGAGGCCCUAG